CUGAAAUAAAGGGUCGUUCGGGAAUGUGUGGUAUUGUUAGUUAGGAUCUCAGAGGCUGGGUUUGGUUUGUCUGUAAUGAUCAAAUCUGUUUAAGAAAAGUUAUGCCUAAUCGAAAUCUUGGGAGCACGUCAAAAAGAUGUUUAUUAUUCUUCAUGGUCUAUCUGCUGAUAUACAAUGUGUUAGUGCAGAACAUUGAGAUUCAUGAAGCCUUCGUAGGUGAUACAGUCAUCUUACCAUGUUCCAUCGACCGCACUGUAGUUAGUGAGGAUGUGUUUUGGCGAGAUGAUGACGGAGCAGUGGUGGUUGAUAUAAUCAAGAAUAAAGAAGAUUUUUAUGAGCAGAGCCCAGAAUACAGAGACAGAGUUCAAACUUUUCCAAAUGAGAUUGAAAACGGAAACUUCUCCAUCAAGCUGAGUAAUGUGACGCUCUCUGACUCGAGAACUUACACCUGCAAAGCCUCUGGAUCUGUUCAGAGUGUAAAACUGAGUGUUAAACAAGCAGAAAAAAUAAUCGUUCCAAGAAAUAGUGACGUCACAAUAAGAACAAGCAGCUUGUUCCUGCUGGGGUUCAGUCUGCUGUACAGUUUGGACUUUUGAAGACAACAUGAAGCUCAAGAUGUAAGUGCUGUAUCAGAAAACAAGAAGUUACGAGGCAAACCUUUAUACAAACCAUACCAGCUUUCACAUUACCAACAAUCUAACAAAGAAAAUAAAACUAAUUUCAUGUAAAAUAAUCUUUGACACUUUUUUUGUUGUUUUGUUUUUUUGUUGUUUUGUUUUUUGCAUUUGUUCACAAAAUGCUGUAAAAUUACAAACAUACUCUGAAUUAACAAACCAACUGUUAUUUGAAGUUUUAUGCUAAUAAUGAAGUACAUUUAUUUUUCACAGAAAGUACAAUAUUUUUAUUCAGUAUUUCUUGUUUUCUUACAUACAAAUGUAUGUGAAUUGACACAAAUUCUCUGUAUGUAAACAUGCAGCUCAUUACAUAAAGC